AUGCAGCAGCAGCGACAGGAGCAGCAGCAACAGCAAGAGGAACAGCAGCAGCAACAGCGAAAAGGACUGGAGCAGGAAGCGCCUGAACCUCAAGAGCCCCGGCAGCAGGAACAGCAGCAGCAGCAGCAGCGGAAUUUGGGGGAUGGAUUUGCUGCGUUAGGGCUGCAGCAACUAACUGGCACCCUUUUCGACGGGCUGCUGGACCGCAGCAACAGCAGCAAACCCCUGGGGGCCCCCCCAGCAGGGGAGGGGCCCCUCUUGUCUCGUUCUCUUAGUUUUGAUUUGCCUUUGGUAAGAUCUCGCAGUUUGGGGCCCCCCAGCUCGAGGGGCCCCCUAGGCAGCAGCGGGGGGUGCCCCCCUCCGGAGGCGCAGCAACUCGAGCGCCACCUCUCCCCCUUGGGGGCCCUCAGCAGCAGCAGCAGCAGCAGCAGCAGCAGCGGCGUGAAGCUCACCGAGCAGCUGUCAGCCCCUGCAGCAACAGCAGCAGCAGCAGCAGCAGCGGGCUCCGAGUGUUCCUCCCCCCCUCCGUCUUCGCCAGCUUCGGCUCCAGCGGCGAUCCCUUCAGCAGCAGCAGAAGCAGCAGCAGCAGCAGAGCCGCCCGCUUUUGGCGCUUCCUUCUCUUCCCUGUCCGCGUCCUC